CUCAAUUCCCCUGCACGGGUCCAGAUUCCACAGUUCAAUAGACGCCGUCUCCGGCAGUAUCUCGCCGACCUCUCCGCCUCCGGCCGGACGGCAAUCAAGAGUAAUUAGAGUUCUCUUCAGGGAAAAAUGAGCUAAAAUCAAGUGAAAACAAUGGCGCCCAAAUAUAACAAUAGCAACAAACCUUUUACAUGUUCAAUUUCAACUUUCUUUCUCUCAAUCUCCUUCCUUUUUGCCAUCUUACUCUCCCUCUUUCUUCUAUCAUCUAAUCAAACAUCCAAAUCCACAUUACUCUCUUCAUGUCUCAUUUCCACUUCUACCCCCAAUUCAAUUAAAGUAUAUGUUUCAGAUCUACCUCGAUCACUCAACUAUGGUCUUCUAGAAAAAUACUGGUCUCUGUCCCAUGAUUCAAGGUUAGGAAGUGAAGUAGACAACCAAAUCCGAUCAACCAAUUCUUGGAACAAUAACAAAAUCAAAAACAUUCCAAUGUAUCCCGAGAGUCCAUUGAUCAAACAGUACAGUGCAGAUUACUGGAUCAUGGGUGACCUGGCAACACCACAAGAAUUAAGAACUACAUCUUUUGCUAAACGGGUUUUUGCUCCUGAAGAAGCUGAUGUCAUUUUUGUCCCUUUUUUUGCAACAAUAAGUGCUGAGUUACAACUUGGUGUUGCAAAAGGGGUUUUUAGAAAGAAAGAUGGAAAUGAGGAUUAUGCAAGACAGAGGGAAGUUUUGGAUUUUGUUAAAGGGACUGAAGCUUGGAAACGAUCAAAUGGUAGAGAUCAUGUGUUUGUUGUUACAGACCCUGUUGCAAUGUCGCAUGUUAGAGAGGAGAUAGCUUCAUCCAUUCUGCUUGUUGUUGACUUUGGUGGGUGGUAUAGGGUUGACUCAAAAGCUGCUAAUGGAAACACAUCUGAUCAUAUGAUACAACAUACACAAGUUUCAUUGCUGAAAGAUGUUAUUGUGCCCUACACUCAUUUGCUCCCGAGGUUGGACAUUUCACAAAAUCAAAAACGCAAAACUCUUCUUUAUUUCAAAGGAGCUAAACAUCGACACAGGGGGGGUUUAAUACGAGAAAAACUAUGGGAUUUACUAAUCGAUGAAUCCAAAGUCAUAAUGGAAGAAGGAUUCCCGAAUGCAACCGGAAAGGACCAAUCAAUAAAAGGAAUGAGAAAUUCCGACUUUUGCUUACAUCCAGCUGGCGACACUCCGACCUCAUGCCGCCUUUUUGAUGCCAUUCAAAGUCUUUGUAUUCCGGUGAUUGUAAGUGACAACAUCGAGCUCCCAUUCGAAGGAACAAUUGACUACACAAAGUUUUCGGUAUUUGUAGCCGUGAGUGAAGCCCUACAACCAAAUCGGCUUGUGAAUCGGCUCAAAAGCUAUACAAAUUUGCAAAAAGAUGAGUUUAGACAAAACAUGGCUCGGGUGCAGUCGUUUUUUGAGUACGAUAAUGGUUACCCGGGUGGUGUUGGUCCGGUCCCGGUUAAUGGUGCGGUGAAUUUUAUAUGGCGGAAAGUGCAUGAGAAGUUGCCGGUGAUUAAAGAGGCGGUGGUUCGAGCGAAGAGGAAACCGGCGAAUGUGGUGGUCCCGCAACGGUGUCAUUGUACUUGAAUUAAGAAAAUAUAGCAAAAAUUGUUUAAGGGUUCGAAUCUCAGCAGCUGCAGUGUGGAGUUUCAGUGCCAAUGUGGAUUGAAUUGUUAUAUGGGAGGUAUCUUGUGGGUUGUUGUGUAUCUGAUUUACAUCUGACAUGAUAGCUGUUGUGGCUGUGGUUGCUUGGAAGAGUAAACAUUUUGUAGGAAAAUGUUUGUUUUGGGUUGUGUAUAAUGGGAUUUAAUUGUUGUGUUUGUUAUAGUACGUUAUGUUUCGGUCAUUUAUGAUCCAAAGACGAAAAACUGAGACGGAUAUUGUUAUGUGAUAGUGUUACGACUAAAAAAUAUUAACCGAUUUG